AUGGAAAAAAAACAAUUAAAUGAAAUAAUAUGUUCAUUUGAAACAUAUUUUAUUUCACGUUUAUGUCGUUCAAUUAAUAAAAAAUGUAAAGAAUUAACGACAAAAAUAGUAGGAAAUGAUGAUGAUGAACCAAUUAAUGAUGAAGCUAAUAUAGACAAAGAAAAAUCGAAUAAAAAUGAUAAAAAAGAAUAUGAUGAUGAUAAUACUGGAGAAAAUGAAACGGAUGAUGAAGAAGAAGAACCUAUGCAAGAUAAUCACAAUGAUAAUGACCAACCAAAUGUAUCGAAAAUUACAAUUAAAGAGGAUGUUAUUGAUGAUGAUGUACAAGGUAAUCUUAUUUUUUUAUAG